AUGGGCAAUCAGGAAGGGAUGUGUUGUCUUUCUAGGUAGAAGGAGAAUCAUGUUUUGACUAAUGAAUUAGUUAUAUUUCGAGAAUAUAUGAAUGUGAAAAUAACGGUUAAAUCGGGUGACAUCUAAAAAGAAUCUGGAGAAAGUGUAAGUAAAGUGUCCCCUCUAUUUAUAAAGUUUGUUUAUAUACAAAUCCUGAUAAAAUUCCGUUAUAGUAAAAUAUUAUUCAAUCAAUUUAUGACAAUAUCAGUCGAAGUAUUAAUUAUGCUAAUCCUCUAGUUGGAUAUGAAUAAGUCUAUAUUCAAAAUUUAGAAAUGAGUACUUAUAAGUGUAUAACUUAUUAUCGAGUUAGAGUUUUUGAAGUAUUAUAAACUAUUAUAUUGAGUCAGAUAAAGAUUUGUUCCAAUAUUAUAACGGGUUUAGAGAGUGGUAAAUACUGCUUAAAACAUUUAUUAGUUUAUCAUAGUUGAAUGACGAAGAAUUUAAAGAUAUUCUCAUAUGUGAUUGUCCAAUCAAAUAGAGUAGAGCGUUUAGUGCCGAAGUAUUGGUAAGAUCAGUGAUUGAGUAUCAAUGCUUUAAUAAUUUAGUUUUAUUGAUGAAUCAAAAAGUAGAUUGAAUAUCAAAAGCAUAACCAUGUUGAAUUGUGAUAAGAAGAGUGUAAUCUGUAAUGAUUAAUAAUGAGUCCCGUUUUUUGAAAUAUGAACUAAUCAAAUAAAUAGAAGAAUCUAAAGAGCCUAUGUUAAGAAAAGAGAGACAGAAUAAAUUCAUGAAAUUUAUUACUUCCACUAAAAGUGUUACAUCUGGCAGAUAGUUAAAAUGUGAUUUCAGUUUGAAAGACUUCGAUCUUGGAGAUGAAUCUAAAUUGGUACUUGCUCUAAAAUAGGAUUAAAUAGAAGAAUAAUGAAUAUUU